GAGAACUAAUAAAAAAGAGGUCGUGAGCAGUGAGCACCAGUGGAGAGCACAGUUGGAAUUGAACUCUCGCUCUCGUUAAACCCUAGAUGGAUACGAGUAGAAUCUCUCUCGCUCUAUUUUCCAUCAAAUUUCUAUAAAAAAAAAAAAAAACCGAACCCUAAACAUUCAAAAUACCUGCGUGCGUGCGUGAGACCAGAAACAGAGAUGGAGGAGUUUCUAUUGACGGACAGCGAAUCGUUGUACGCCAAAGUCAAGUACCAAGAAAAACAGCUCAAACUCAAGAGAAGGUGGUUGAUGGGACUUACUUUAUCUGAUUCUGAGCAACAGCAGGUAAUCAAAAUGAAGCUUCGGGAAAACAAGACUUUACUGGAAUCAUUCCUUAGGGAAGAUGAUGUAGACUUUGAAACCAUUAAAGCUUUUGUAGAAAAGGGAUUUGGGGCAUGCAAUCUUGAAAGAGAUCACUAUGUAGAUCAAGAUAAUAAAAAAAUCUCUGAUUUGUUAGCUGACUUGAGAAAUCAUUUGUCCGUGCUUGAUGAUAUGACCAACAAAGGACUUCAACGUUUUGCUGAGGUACUGACAGGUGGCUCAAUUAAGUUUGAGAAAACCCGUUUGAAAAUGAAAAAGGUAAUCAGAGAACUUCUUCCACAAGUGCUUGAAAACUGGAAAGAUAGAGAUAAUCAACUAGCUGAUGAUAUAUGUCAGCUUCUCAAAAACCCUGGAAAUUUUAAAAAUAAUGGAAUACUUUUUACUCCUUCACCCCAAUCGUAUCAUGCUUCUGUUACUAAGGUACUGGAUGGACUUGAUGAUAUACCUUCCCAAACCUUGAGUGCAAUGGACAGGAAACUAAGAGGUGUCCAUGGAUAUGUUCCCCAUUUAUGGCCCUCAAAUUCUGGCUGGAGACGAAGAGCUUUAAUUGGUCAAGUGAGAAAAAGUUGUAUGGCAAUACUAUCAGAACUUGAUGAAGAAGAUGAACUACCGGAACCACUAGCUAAAGCAAUUGCAGUUCGAUGCUUAUCAGCAAAGGUAAUAGAAGGUUGCCCCUGUAUACUACCCGAGUUUUGGAAAUUCUCUCCCAAAAUUGAAGCCUUACAGGAUGGGCUUGCAAAGGCCAUAUGGCUUCUCAAACCCAAAGGGAAAGGGAAAGAGAAAGGGAAAGUAAGAUUUCCAGAGCUGAAGAAUUUGCAACUGUUGCUUGACCCAAAUUCGGUGUUACCGAAAAGGAAAUUACGAACUGCAGUAAGGAAGCUGUUGAUCGAGUAUCUUUUCGAAUGCAGUGAUAUGGACACAGUGCCCGAAUAUUUGUUAGAAACACUUUCAAUUGUCAAUAGAACCUCUAGAAGGGCUCCAUAUGGAUUUGUAUCAAAGGAAGAAGUAGAAGAAGAGGUAGAAUUCGUGCUGAGUGUAAGUGCUCAGAUAAAACAGGUUUCGUGGGACUUGCUUCCUGAAUAUGAGUUUGACUUAGAUUUUGCAGAUGCAUAUGGGGAGGAUUUAGAAGAAAGCGACGAUGGUGAUGCUUAUGAUGUCUUUGUAAGUGUUGAGCAACAAGAAGUGGUGCUCCCAGAGAAUAACGCAUGUCAUUCUCAUGAUCCAUAUGACCAAAUAGAGACCAUUGGGGAGACAGAUCCAGCUAAUUCUGAGUCACCGGGCUCCCCUAUUGAAGAAAAUGAGUCUACCCAGUUUCUUACACCCAAUAGAAGGUCAAGCAGUGAUUCUUUGCUGAGAAGUGAGCCUGAGCAUUUUACAAUAAAUUUAGUUGAUUCUUCUCCUUCUUCCUCUUCGUCUUCUGAACUUUAUGGUUUAGAGGAUAUCGAAGAAAAUGAUUUCUGUGUAAGAAGUGCGAGGGAUUUGGAAUCGAGUGAUGCCCAUUCACUUGCAUUCAAAACUACGCUAAGUGGCUCUUCAUCCCAUUUAACACCAAUUACAGGGUUUGAUCAGAACCAUGUUGAGGGACAAGAACCUAAUGUAGACCAAGGAAAGCCCCCUGAUUUUGUUUCUUCUAACUUGUCAUCUGGGGUAAACUUUAUGCAUGACAAGCAAAGCAUGAGUAGAAACCAGUACAUUGCUGUCCAAGAAGCAUGUGACAAGACAAGUAUUGUGGCCUAUCGUCUCAUUGGAAAUGUAUUGGAUGAGUUUGCUCAAAUAGAACGUUGUAAUUUAUAUUCGGGUGAUGUAUCAUAUCUCAGAGGUGAUAGUUCAAUUCGAAAGAAUUCCGAAGAUUCUGAUAUAUCAGUGGACUAUUCAAGAAUUCAUAAAGAUUGCUUUGUUAACUGCACCUUAGUUAGAACCACCAAGUUGCAAAAGAUGAUCAGAUGGAUGUUCACGGUUCAAUUAUCAUUCAAGCGCUUGAAGAGCUAUUACCUUCAUUCCCUGAAAGUGGGAAAGAGAGAGUGAAGGAGUUGAUGGGUUUAAAGUAGCUUCUCAGCUACCACACCUAGAGGUCAGUUGAGAAUUGGGUUAUUGGAGCUGUUUACAAGGAGCAUAGAUUCUCGCCCACAAAAAGGUGAGAAACCAAAUCUUCAUCUUCUUGCGCCGGAGGUUGUUCAAUAUUGGAUUGAAUGUUCCUCAAUAUUUUAAAAGAGGGACUAGUUCUAUGGCAUCCCAGAAUGAAAUAUUUGAUGUUGGGUCAGUUCUUUGUGUAGCUCAAACUUGUACCGUUCUACUGUAGCUCAGGCUUGAAGAUGACAACGAGGCCACCAGUGAACUUGUCAUUAAACGAACUUGUCGUUAAAUUUGAAUAGUGAAAGCACCAAAGCAGUUCCAUCUAGGGGGGAGCACUGGUCGGUCCGGGUCGGGUUUGGCCCUGGCCCACCACCCGAACCGACGUUGGUUUGGCAAAACUUCAACCCGAUAUCGACUGAUGUUCUUGACAAACUCAGCCGACUUGACGUCGUUGGUUAGCCGGUUGGGUCGGUCGGGGUAGUCGGUCUGAACUCUUGGCUCCCAUAUUCAAACGAAGAUCUGCGAAUAGUUGGAUAGAAAAGAAGAAAAUACAGACCACCAUCUAUCACCGUUUACCGUUUCUCCACCAUAGUCCCUUAUCGUCAUUGUGCUGUGGGAAAUGGAGAUUGUUGAGUGGGAUUUGGACUUUGGAGGCAAAGUGAGGCGGUGAGUAGCUCCAUGAAUGUAAAUAUUUUGAGAAGGCAAGAUAAGUCUCUGUCUGACUUUCUUGUCUUGGGAGAAAAAUAUAAGAAGUGUAUAAUGUAUUUACUCUCUGUAAUCUGACCAACCAAUCUAAGUAUGCCACAUGAGGUAGGUAGCACAGAUAUUCGGUUAAUGGGUGAGAUUAAUUUUACAACCGACUCAGACCGAUCACUCGCAUUUUUCAAAUGUUCUGCACCUGAUUUUGACCGAUCAGUUCAUGAAAUCCGACCGUAGCUGCUCGGGUCGGAUCGGAUCCAAUCAGAUCGAUCGGGUUUCUUGGUUGAUUGGAUAUCUGCUCACUACAAGUUCCAUCCCAGUUACGUAUCUUCUUAUUUGUUUUUUCCCCUUCUUAAGCAUCAAUGCAGUUGGAUUUAUUACCAUGUAGUUAGUUACUCUUUUCAAGUCAUUGACUUCAAAUGCGCAUAGUUCAUAUUUUUUUCAACGAGAUUCUCAUAUUAUCGUUUAAUAUUUUAGAUGUUUUUAUGCUCGAUAUAUCAUCUUUGAUUGAGUUACCUCAAAAUACGGAUCCUCGAGAGUGUACUAAAAAGUUUUUACUGGUUUGAGUCUUUGUGAGUACAUGAGGACUUUCAACCCUUCUAAUGUAGGAUUUGGAGAUUGCAAGUAGUUUUGUAGUUUAAAUUUCUAAUUGCAUUAUUUUACUACAAAUUUUUUUUUUUUGGAUGCAGGCAAGCCUAUUCUCAUAACGUUCAACCCCCGAAUCCCUUUCAUUUCAAAUCCAGUCGUCGAGGGGAACAUACAAGUUUAUCACACAUUAUAACACAGUGUAACAACUUGAAAGCUACCACAACUGUCAGAUGAGCAUUUCAAUAAUGAAUUACAGUCCAGCUGAAGUGGCUUAUGAAUAUUGAAACCUAACCUUGAGGACAAGUAGUUAAAAGAAUAAGGUUUGUUUGGAACGUAUGAAAAAGAAAAGAAAGGAAGGGAACAUAAUUUUUCCUUGUUUGGUUUGAGAGGAAACAAGAAGGAAAAUAACAAAACAAUGAAUACUUUUCCUCCACACUUUCCUAUUUUUUCCCCAAGUUCCAAACAGGCCCUAAAGAGUCAAUGUUAACAGACUAUUUAUACUAAUAUAUGCUCAUUGUGUGACCACCAUCUUGUACUUAAUAAAAGAAACAUAAUUUUUUUUUGAUAAAUAAAUAGUUAUAUUAAAAAGAAGGUAUAAAGGGAAUACCACCCGAAUAUAAGAGAAGGUCAAAAGACAAAAAGGCCCUAUACAAUGCCGAGAGAAUAGUAAAGCUCAAACCAAUCUGAAAAUUGUUCAAGGGAUGAAAACAAUCUCUCUUGUCCCAACUAUACAAGCUAUUCACUAAAAAAGAUUUAAUAGAGCUUUUUCCACCCCUUCAAAAACUCUUGGAUUUCGCUCACGCCGUAAAAGAAACAUAUUAUUUAUGACGUAGUUGCACUUCAGUAACUUAUGCACCCUUACGGUUUAACAAUUAUGUACAGAGAAGUAUUAAUGACUCAUUAACUUGCCUGCAAAGGUGACUGCAUGUAGCUAGUGUAAUUAAAUGAGUGUUUAAUGCUGUUUUCAUCUUCCUUCUAACCCUUGGCUAGUUAGCUAUCACGAGGGAUGAGGGGAGGUGGGGGUGGGGUAUCGUUGGCUUGUAUCAUUCUACUGGUAUAUUUGGUUCUCAUCCUUUCACCCACUUUGAUUGCGGGGUUUGAAUGCUUGCCCAGCAA